AUGGCGGAGUAUCUAGCUCUCGGCCACAUGGAAGUGGUACCAGAAAAUGAAACAGAAUUGAAAUCUUACUAUCUGCCUCACCAUGCAAUCAUAAAAUCAAAUAGUCUCACCACUAAGGUGAGCGUAGUUUUUGAUGGGUCAGCGCCCAGCAAGUCCGGUGUUUCCCUUAAUGAUAUAUUGUCAAGAGGGCCAGCUACUCAGCCUGAACUGUUCUCAAUACUGUUGCGGUUUCGGGUGCAUAAGUAUGUCCUUACUGGUGAUGUAGAAAAAAUGUACAGACAAGUUAAUGUAUCCUCUUCAGAUUGUAAUCUACAACGCAUUGUGUACAGAGAUUCUCCCGAAGAUCCAGUUGUUGACUAUAGAUUGCUCACGGUGACAUAUGGAACAAAGCCUGCAUCUUUCUUAGCAACAAAAUGUCUUUCUCAACUAGCUAACGACACCAGUGUUCCGUCUGUUAGCCGUGCAAUAACUGAAGACUUUUAUGUCGAUGAUUUAAUUACUGGAGCCUCAUCUAUUGAUGAAUGUUUUUUCAUGUAUACUGAAUUAUGUCGAGUAUUGAAUGCAGCCGGCAUGCCAUUGCGGAAAUGGUGCUCAAAUUCUCCACUACUACUCAAUAAAAUUCCACAUACUCAGGACGAUCCAUCUUACUUAUUAAGACUGAAUGAUGAAGAUACCAUAAGCACUCUAGGUUUAACCUGGCAACCUAGCAUUGAUUGUUUCCGAUUUGUAUUUAAGAACUGGGAUCCUCCUGUAGAAAUGUCCAAGCGGUUGCUGCUGUCAGAUAUAAGUAAAAUAUUUGACCCCCUUGGGCUAUUAACACCUGUCCUUAUAAAGGGCAAAAUAUUCUUGCAACAAUUAUGGACCUUGAAGCUUGGAUGGGACUCCCCAUUGUCAACUGAUAUUGUGUCACGCUGGAAGCAGUUCUAUCAUCAAUUCAAGGAACUUGAACACAUAAGAGUGCCUAGAAUUGUUCUCGACAUUGACUCGCCGAUAAUUGAGCUGCAUGGUUUUGCGGAUGCUUCUCAAGAGGCCUAUGGGGCAUGUGUUUAUGUAAGGUCUGUGGCUGCAAGUGGCAGCAUAACAGUGUCACUAGCUGUAUCAAAAUCUAGAGUCGCUCCACCAAAACCAACCACAAUCCCAAGACUUGAGCUGUCCGGGGCGCUUCUACUGGCUGAGCUUGCUCAUAAUGUUUUACUUGAAUUAGCAAAGGUGAAUAUUAUUAUUAAUUCUUCAAGCAUAAUGCUCUGGUCUGAUUCAACAAUUGUGCUGUCUUGGAUUAACACGUCUAAACCACUAAAGGUAUUUGUCGCCAAUAGGGUAGCACAAAUAACUGACCUCACCAGUCCUAGUCAAUGGAUGCAUGUUCCUACAAUCAGUAAUCCUGCUGACAUGAUUACUCGAGGUAUUGACGUUCAGUCACUCAGUCAUAACCAAUUGUGGUGGAAUGGCCCCGCAUGGCUAAGCCAAGAUAGGAAAUGCUGGCCUGCGUGGCCUCCAUCGACCGAUGAUGUUCCUGAAACCCGACAAGUUAAGCUGGUUCUUGCCGCUGUUUUGCUUGAUCAAUUUUCUGAUUUUAUGCGUUUGAUCCGCAUUACAGCAUGGGUAUUAAGGUUUUGUUCAAACGCAAGUAUCCCCUCAAAUAGAUGUGACAUCAUGAAAUUGGGCCCAUUAACUGUGGUUGAGUUAUCUAAGGCAAAAACAACAUGGCUACUUCACGCUCAAAGGUGCGCCUUCCAUAACGAACUAGACCAGCUGAGUAAAAAUCAGCAACUAUCAAGGCAAAGUCAAUUGAAGAAGUUACACCCCUUUAUUGACAUCUCUGGGCCAUUUUCCUGUAAUCCUGCGUGUGACUGUUUAGUGUUUUCCGUGUGUCGUACUGGACGUACCUACUGUCAUUCCGUGAAUCAUUAA